GACGCGGCGGCGGCGGCGGCGGCGGCUGGCAGGCGACGCGGGCCCGCCGGCCCUGGGAGCAGGUAUUGAUGUCAAGCUGGACCAUUAUAAAAAACUGGAAGUCUUCAAAAGUAGAUUUAAUACAGUCUUUGGAAUAAAUUGAAACCCAGCAAAGAUGGCCAAGUAUGGAGAACAUGAGGCCAGGCCUGAUGACGGGCAGAAUGAAUUCAGUGACAUCAUUAAGUCCAGAUCUGAUGAACACAAUGACGUGCAGAAGAAAACUUUCACCAAAUGGAUUAAUGCUCGAUUUUCAAAGAGUGGAAAACCACCAAUCAAUGAUAUGUUCACAGACCUCAAAGAUGGAAGGAAGCUCUUGGAUCUUCUGGAAGGCCUCACUGGAACAUCGCUGCCGAAGGAACGUGGCUCCACGAGGGUGCAUGCUUUGAACAACGUGAAUAGAGUGCUGCAGGUUUUACAUCAGAACAACGUGGAUUUGGUGAAUAUAGGAGGGACGGACAUUGUCGAUGGAAACCACAAGCUGACUUUGGGAUUGCUCUGGAGCAUCAUUUUGCACUGGCAGGUAAAAGAUGUCAUGAAAGAUGUCAUGUCAGACCUGCAGCAGACGAACAGUGAGAAGAUCCUGUUGAGCUGGGUGCGCCAGUCCACGCGGCCAUACAGCCAGGUCAACGUCCUCAAUUUCACUACCAGCUGGACAGAUGGACUCGCCUUUAAUGCCGUGCUCCACCGACAUAAACCUGAUCUCUUCAACUGGGAGAGAGUUGUCAAAAUGUCCCCAAUUGAGAGACUCGAACAUGCCUUCAGCAAGGCUCAGACUUAUUUGGGAAUUGAAAGGCUGUUAGAUCCUGAAGAUGUUGCUGUUCAGCUUCCCGACAAGAAAUCCAUAAUUAUGUAUUUAACAUCUUUGUUUGAGGUGCUUCCUCAGCAAGUCACUAUAGACGCCAUCCGUGAAGUAGAGACACUCCCAAGGAAAUAUAAGAAAGAAUGCGAAGAAGGGGAAAUUAGUAUACAGAGCUCAGUGCCGGAGGAUGAGCACGAGAGUCCCCGAGCUGAAACCCCCAGCACGGUCACCGAGGUGGACAUGGACCUGGACAGCUAUCAGAUAGCCUUGGAGGAAGUACUGACCUGGCUGCUUUCUGCCGAGGAUACUUUCCAGGAGCAGGAGGACAUUUCCGAUGAUGUGGAGGAAGUCAAAGACCAGUUUGCUACCCACGAAGCUUUUAUGAUGGAGCUGACGGCUCACCAGAGCAGUGUGGGGAGUGUCCUGCAGGCAGGAAAUCAGCUGAUAACACAGGGAACUCUGUCAGAUGAAGAGGAAUUUGAGAUUCAGGAACAGAUGACCCUCCUGAAUGCUAGAUGGGAGGCACUUAGGGUGGACAGUAUGGACAGACAGUCCCGGCUGCACGACGUGCUGAUGGACCUGCAGAAGCAGCAGCUGCAGCAGCUCUCCGCCUGGCUGACACUCACGGAAGAACGCAUUCAGAAAAUGGAAACCUGCCCGCUGAAUGAUGAUUUGCAAUCCCUACAAAAGCUGCUAGAAGAUCAUAAACGUUUGCAAAAUGAUCUUGAGGCUGAACAGGUGAAGGUAAAUUCACUAACGCACAUGGUGGUGAUUGUUGAUGAAAACAGUGGUGAGAGCGCCACGGCUGUUCUCGAAGAUCAGUUACAGAAACUUGGUGAACGCUGGACAGCAGUGUGCCGCUGGACUGAGGAACGUUGGAAUAGGUUACAAGAAAUCAAUGUACUGUGGCAGGAAUUAUUGGAAGAACAGUGCUUGUUGAAAGCUUGGCUAACUGAAAAAGAAGAGGCUUUAAAUAAAGUCCAGACGAGCAACUUCAAAGACCAAAAGGAACUGAGUGUCAGCAUUCGACGACUGGCUAUUUUGAAGGAAGACAUGGAAAUGAAACGUCAGGCAUUGGAUCAGCUGAGUGAGAUUGGCCAGGAUGUGGGUCAGUUACUUGAUAAUCCCAAGGCAUCUAAGAAGAUCAACAGUGACUCAGAGGAACUAACUCAGAGAUGGGAUUCUCUGGUUCAGAGACUAGAAGAUUCCUCCAACCAGGUGACUCAGGCUGUCGCCAAGCUGGGGAUGUCCCAGAUUCCUCAGAAGGAUCUUUUGGAGACUGUUCGCGUAAGAGAACAAGUAACUACAAAAAGGUCCAAGCAAGAACUGCCUCCUCCUCCUCCCCCAAAGAAGAGACAGAUUCCUGUGGAUUUGGAAGCUAAGAAAAAGUUUGAUGCUGUAAGUGCUGAGCUGCUGAACUGCAUUUUGAAAUCAAAGACUGCCAUUCAGGCCGCAGAGAUAAAAGGGUAUAAGAAGAUGCAAGAGACUUCAGAAGUGAAAAAGAAGUUGCAGGCACUAGAAAAAGAACAGACAGAAAAAAGCCCCAGACUGGAUGAAUUAAACCGAACUGGACAAAUCCUCUUGGAGCAAAUGGGAAAAGAAGGUAUUCCUGCUGAAGAAAUAAAAAAUGUUCUGGAGAAGGUAUUCUCAGAAUGGAAGGAUGUAUGUCAGCAUUUGGAAGAUCUGGCAAGAAAGAUUAAGCUACAGGAAGAUAUAAAUGCUUACUUUAAGCAGCUUGAUGACCUCGAAAAGACCGUGAAGACAAAAGAGGAGUGGGUAAAACACACUCCCUUUCCCGAAUCCCCCCAGCAGUCCUUGACGAGUUUGAAGGACUCCUGCCAGCGGGAACUGACAGACCUCCUCAGCCUCCACCCCAAGAUCGAAAUGGCGCGUGCAGGUUGCUCAGCCCUGAAGUCUCAGCCGUCUGCCCCGGACUUUGUCCAGCAGGGCUUCGAUGCCGUUCUGGGCCGCUACCACGCUGUGCAGCGGGAAUUAGAGCAUCGCCAGCGACAGCUAGAGAGCGAACUGAAGAGCCAACCUGGACAUGGAUAUUUGGAAACACUGAAAACACUGCAAGAUAUACUAAAUGAUUCAGAAAGCAAGGCCCAGACAUCUUUGAGUAUCUUGAAUGAUCUUACAAAGGUGGAGAAAACCCUGCAGGAGAAAAAGGCCCUUGAUGAAAUCCUUGAGAAUCAAAAACCUACAUUAUGUAAACUUGCAGAAGAAACAAAGGCUUUGGAGAAAAAUGUUUCUCCAGAUGUAGAAAGAAUGUAUAAGCAAGAAUUUGAUGAUGUUCAGGGAAAGUGGAAUAAACUAAAGGUCAAGGUUUCCAGAGAUCUUCAUUUGCUUGAAGAAAUGACUCCCAAACUUGGAGCUUUUGAGGCUGAUUCGAAAGUCAUUGAGAAGUGGAUGGAUGGUGUGAAAGACUUCCUAAUGAAAGAGCAGGCUGUCCACGGAGAUGCCGAAGGGCUGCAGCGCCAGCUUGACCAGUGCGCUGCCUUUGUUAAUGAGUUAGAAACAAUUGAAUCAUCUCUGAAAGACAUGAAAGAAAUAGAGGCUAACCUUCGAAGCUGUCCAGUUGCUGGAAUCAAAAGUUGGAUCCAGAUGAAACUAGUUGACUAUCAAACCCAAGUGGAGAAAUUUAGCAAAGAGAUUGCUAUUCAAAAAAAUAGGUUGUCUGAAAGUCAGGAAAAAGCAGUGAACCUGAAGAAAGACUUGGCAGAGAUGCAGGAAUGGAUGACCCAGGCAGAAGAAGAAUACCUGGAGAAAGAUUUUGAGUACAAGUCACCAGAAGAACUAGAGAGUGCAGUGGAAGAAAUGAAGAGGGCGAAGGAGGAUGUGUUGCAGAAGGAGGUGAGAGUGAAGAUCCUCAAGGACAACAUCAAGUUACUAGCUGCAAAGGUGCCCUCUGGUGGCCAGGAGCUGACAUCUGAGCUGAAUGUUGUGCUGGAGAAUUACCAACUUCUGUGUAACAGGAUUCGAGGGAAGUGCCACACGCUAGAGGAGGUAUGGUCCUGCUGGAUUGAACUGCUUCACUAUUUGGAUCUGGAGACCACCUGGCUCGGCACCUUGGAGGAGCGGAUGCAGAGCACAGAGACGCUGCCCGAGAAGGCAGACGCGGUCAACGAAGCCCUGGAGUCUCUGGAAUCUGUUUUGCGACAUCCAGCAGACAAUCGCACUCAGAUUCGAGAACUUGGCCAGACUCUGAUUGAUGGAGGGAUUCUUGAUGAUAUAAUCAGUGAGAAACUGGAGGCUUUUAAUAGUCGAUACGAAGAACUAAGUCAUUUGGCAGAGAGCAAGCAGAUUGCCUUGGAAAAGCAGCUCCAGGUCCUGCGGGAAACUGACCACAUGCUUCAGGUCUUGCAGGAGAGCUUAGGGGAGCUGGACCAACAGCUCACGACGUACUUGACCGACAGGAUAGACGCCUUCCAAGUUCCACAGGAAGCUCAGAAAAUCCAAGCAGAGAUCUCAGCCCAUGAGCUAACCCUUGAGGAGUUGAGAAGAAAUGCACGUUCCCAGCCUCUGACAUCCCCGGAAGGCAGGAACGCCCGAGGAGGAAGUCAGAUGGAUGUGCUACAGAGGAAACUUCGAGAGGUGUCCACAAAGUUCCAGCUUUUCCAGAAGCCUGCUAAUUUUGAACAGCGUAUGCUUGAUUGCAAGCGUGUCCUUGAUUGUGUGAAAGCAGAACUUCACGUUCUGGAUGUGAAGGAUGUGGAUCCUGAUGUCAUACAGAGCCAUCUGGACAAGUGUAUGAAACUCUAUAAAACUCUGAGUGAAGUCAAGCUUGAAGUGGAGACUGUAAUCAAAACAGGAAGGCACAUUGUCCAGAAGCAACAAACUGACAACCCCAAAGGGAUGGAUGAGCAGCUGACAUCGCUGAAGAUUCUCUACAAUGACCUGGGCGCCCAGGUGACCGAGGGAAAACAGGACCUGGAAAGAGCCUCUCAGUUGGCCCGGAAAGUGAAGAAAGAGGCUGCUUCUCUCUCUGAAUGGCUCUCUGUUACUGAGGCUGAGUUGGUACAGAAAUCCACCUCAGAAGGAGUGCUUGGUGACUUGGAUGUAGAAAUCUCCUGGGCCAAAAAUAUUCUGAAGGACCUGGAAAAGAGAAAAGCUGAUUUAAGUGCCAUCUCAGAGAGUAGUACUGCCCUCCAGAACUUGAUCGAGGGCAGCGAGGCUGUUUUAGAAGAGAGGCUCUGUGUCCUUAACGCUGGCUGGAGCCGCGUCCGGACCUGGACGGAGGACUGGUGCAGCACGUUAAUGAAUCAUCAGAACCAGUUGGAAAUAUUUGACGGAAAUGUUGCUCACAUAAGUACCUGGCUUUAUCAAGCGGAAGCUCUAUUGGACGAGAUUGAAAAAAAACCAGCAAGUAAACGGGAAGAAAUCGUGAAGCGUUUAAUAUCUGAGCUGGAUGAUGCCAGUCUUCAGGUUGAAAAUGUCCGUGAUCAAGCCCUUGUUUUGAUGAAUACACGUGGAGGUGCAAGCAAGGACCUUGUGGAACCAAAAUUAGCUGAACUGAAUAGAAACUUUGACAAGGUGUCUCAACAUAUCAAAAGUGCCAAAUUACUAAUUGGCCAGGAGCCAUUAGCAUACCAGUGUCUGGUCACCACCGAGGCGUUUGAAGCUGAUGUACUUUUCUCUGACCUGGAAAAAUUAGAAGUUGACAUAGAAAAUAUGUUAAAAAUUGUGGAAAAACAGUUGGAAUUCAGUGAUGAAGAUGAAAAGAUGGAUGAGGAGAGAGCCCAGAUUGAGGAAGUUCUACAGAAAGGAGAACAAAUGUUACAUCAACCUAUGGAGGAGAAUAAAAAAGAAAAGAUCCGUUUGCAGUUACUACAUCUGCGUACAAAGUACAAUAAAACUAAGGCAGUCCCUAAUCAACAGAGAACAGGUCAGCUGGCUCCCGGAAUUCGGUCACCCCCUCUUCCCACAGAUUAUCUGGUUGAAAUUAAUAAAGUUUUACUUUCUGUGGAUGCUACUGAAUUAUUACUUAAUGCUCCAGAGCUAAGCACUGUUGUCUAUGAAGACUUCACUUUUCAGGAAGACUCUCUGAAGAAUAUCAAAGAUCAACUGGACAAACUCGGAGAGCAGAUUGCCUUCAUUCACGAAAAACAACCAGAUGUCAUUCUUGAAGCCUCUGGACCUGAAGCCAUUCAAAUCCGGGACACACUUACUCAGUUGAAUGCAAAAUGGGACAGAAUUAAUAGAAUGUACAAUGAUCGUAAAGGUUAUUUUGAUAUGGCUAUGGAAGAAUGGAGACAGUUCCAUUGUGACCUUAAUGACCUCACACAGUGGCUAACGGAGGCUGAAGAGUUACUGGCUGAAACCCUUGCUCCCGAUGGUGGCCUGGACUUGGAGAAAGCCAGGAUGCACCAGCAGGAACUUGAAGAGGGGAUCAGUAGCCACCAGCCCAGUUUUGCAGCCCUAAAUAGAACUGGGGAUGGGAUUGUACAGAAACUCUCCCCCACAGAUGGAAGCUUCUUGAAAGACAAGCUGGCGGGUCUAAACCAGCGCUGGAGUGUGAUCUUGGCAGAAGUGAAGGACCGGCGUCCAAGGCUAAAAGGAGAAAGUAAGCAGGUGACGGAGUACAGAAAAAGACUAGAUGAGAUUAUCUGUUGGCUGACAAAGGCCGAGAAUGCUGUGCAAAAGAGAUCAACCACUGAGUUGGUAGAAAACCUGCAAGAACUAACAGACUUAACCCAGGAGAUGGAUGUACAAGCUGAAAAACUCAAAUGGCUGAAUAGAACUCAGCUGGAAAUGCUUUCAGAUAAAAGUCUGAGCUUACAUGAAAGAGAAAAAAUUUCAGAAAGCUUGAGAACUAUAAAUUCGACAUGGAAUAAGAUAUGCAGAGAAGUGCCUAGCACAUUGAAGGAACGCGUCCAGGAACCCAAGGACAUCUGGAUUCUCACUGCCACUUCUGCGGUUAGUCUGGAACCACAUGUCAUGCAUGUAGCCUUGAGUGCAAAACCACUCUAUGCUCGGGAUUACAUUUCAGCUAAUCUUAGUGUCCAAAAGAUGGUGCUAGUAUCAUCUGCAUCAGACAUUCCCGUUCAGUCCCCUCGUUCUUCGGAAAUUUCAAUUCCUGCUGAUCUGGAUAAAACCAUAACAGAACUCGCUGACUGGCUGGUCCUGAUUGACCAGAUGUUGAAGUCCAACAUUGUCACCGUUGGGGAUGUGGAAGAGAUCAAUAAGACUGUUUCCCGAAUGAAAAUCACAAAGGCCGACUUAGAACAACGCCAUCCUCAGCUUGAUUGUGUUUUUACAUUGGCACAGAAUUUGAAAAAUAAAGCUUCCAGUUCAGAUGUGAGAACAGCAAUCACAGAAAAAUUGGAAAAGGUCAAGAACCAGUGGGACAGCACUCAGCAUGGUGUCGAGCUAAGGCAGCAGCAGCUGGAGGACAUGAUCAUCGACAGUCUUCAGUGGGAGGACCACAGGGAAGAAACCGGGGAGCUUAUGAGAAAAUAUGAGGCUCGAUUCUACGUUCUCCAGCAAGCUCGAAGGGAUCCACUCAUCAAGCAAAUUUCGGAUAAUCAAAUACUGCUUCAAGACCUGGGUCCUGGCGAUGCUAUCGUAAUGGCGUUCGAUAAUGUCCUACAGAAGAUGCUGGAGGAAUACAGUAGUGAUGAUGCCAGGCAUGUGAAAGAAACCACCGAGUACUUGAAAACAUCAUGGAUCAACCUCAAACAAAGCAUUGCUGACAGACAGAGCGCCUUGGAAGCUGAGCUGAGGACCGUGCAGGCCUCUCGUAGGGAUCUGGAGAGCUUCCUCAAGUGGAUACAAGAAGCCGAAACCACAGUGACCGUGCUGGCCGAUGCCUCUCAGCGGGAGAACGCCCUUCAGGACGCCGCGCUGGCCAGGGAGCUGGGACAGCAGAUGAAGGACAUCCAGGCAGAAAUUGAUGCACAUAAUGACAUAUUUAAAAGCAUUGAUGGAAACAGGCAGAAGAUGGUAAAAGCUUUGGGAAAUUCUGAAGAGGCCACUAUGCUUCAACAUCGACUGGAUGAUAUGAACCAAAGAUGGAAUGACUUGAAAGCAAAAUCUGCCAGCAUCAGGGCCCAUUUGGAGGCCAGUGCUGAGAAGUGGAACAGGUUGCUGACGUCUUUAGAAGAGCUGAUCAAAUGGCUGAAUAUGAAAGAUGAAGAGCUUCAAAAGCAAAUGCCGAUUGGAGGGGAUGUUCCAGCCUUGCAGCUCCAGUCCGACCACUGUAAAGCCCUGAGACGUGAGUUAAAGGAGAAAGAGUAUUCUGUCCUGAAUGCAAUCGACCAAGCUCGAGUUUUCCUGGCUGAUCAGCCAAUUGAGGCCCCUGAAGAACCAAGGAGAAACCUACAAUCAAAGACAGAAUUGACUCCUGAGGAGAGGGCCCAGAAGAUUGCCAAGGCCAUGCGCAAACAGUCCUCUGAAGUCAAAGAGAAGUGGGAAAAUCUAAACGCUGUCACUAACAAUUGGCAAAAGCAAGUGGACAAGGCUUUGGAGAAGCUCAGAGACCUGCAGGGUGCCAUGGAUGACCUGGACGUUGACAUGAAGGAGGUGGAGGCCGUACGGAACGGCUGGAAGCCCGUGGGCGACCUGCUCAUCGACUCGCUGCAGGAUCACAUUGAAAAAACCAUGGCAUUUAGAGAAGAAAUUGCACCAAUCAACUUAAAAGUUAAAACAGUGAAUGAUUUAUCCAGUCAGCUGUCGCCACUUGACCUACAUCCGUCUUUAAAGAUGUCUCGCCAGCUAGAUGACCUUAAUAUGCGAUGGAAGCUUCUGCAGGUUUCUGUGGAUGAUCGCCUUAAACAGCUUCAGGAAGCUCAUAGAGAUUUCGGGCCAUCAUCUCAGCAUUUUCUUUCUACUUCGGUCCAGCUGCCAUGGCAAAGAUCCAUUUCACAUAAUAAAGUGCCCUAUUACAUCAACCAUCAAACACAGACGACCUGUUGGGAUCAUCCUAAAAUGACUGAACUCUUUCAAUCCCUUGCUGACCUGAAUAAUGUACGUUUCUCUGCCUACCGUACGGCCAUCAAAAUCCGAAGACUACAAAAAGCACUAUGUUUGGACCUCUUAGAACUGAAUACAACAAAUGAAGUUUUCAAACAGCACAAACUGAACCAAAAUGAUCAGCUUCUUAGUGUUCCAGAUGUCAUCAACUGUCUGACUACAACUUAUGAUGGCCUUGAGCAAAUGCAUAAGGAUCUGGUCAACGUUCCGCUCUGUGUGGACAUGUGUCUAAACUGGUUGCUCAACGUGUAUGACACGGGUCGAACUGGAAAAAUAAGAGUGCAGAGUCUGAAGAUUGGAUUGAUGUCUCUCUCCAAAGGUCUCUUAGAAGAAAAAUACAGAUAUCUCUUUAAGGAAGUGGCGGGACCGACAGAGAUGUGUGACCAGAGGCAGCUUGGCCUGUUACUUCAUGACGCCAUCCAGAUCCCUCGCCAGCUGGGCGAAGUAGCGGCUUUUGGGGGCAGUAAUAUCGAACCCAGUGUCCGCAGCUGCUUCCAACAGAAUAACAACAAGCCAGAGAUAAGUGUGAAAGAGUUUAUUGAUUGGAUGCGUCUGGAGCCGCAGUCCAUGGUUUGGCUACCGGUCUUACAUCGAGUGGCAGCGGCUGAAACCGCAAAACAUCAGGCCAAGUGCAACAUCUGUAAAGAAUGUCCAAUCGUUGGGUUCAGGUAUAGAAGCCUCAAGCAUUUUAACUAUGACGUCUGCCAGAGUUGCUUCUUUUCUGGUCGCACAGCAAAAGGUCACAAAUUACAUUACCCAAUGGUGGAAUAUUGUAUACCAACAACAUCUGGGGAAGAUGUACGAGACUUCACAAAGGUGCUGAAGAAUAAGUUCAGAUCAAAGAAAUACUUUGCCAAACAUCCUCGGCUUGGCUACCUACCUGUGCAGACAGUUCUUGAGGGUGACAACUUAGAGACUCCUGUGACACUCAUCAGCAUGUGGCCAGAGCACUAUGACCCCUCGCAGUCUCCUCAGCUGUUUCAUGAUGACACCCAUUCCAGAAUAGAACAGUAUGCCACACGGCUGGCCCAGAUGGAAAGGACUAAUGGAUCUUUCCUCACUGAUAGCAGCUCUACCACAGGAAGUGUGGAAGAUGAGCAUGCCCUCAUCCAGCAGUACUGUCAGACGCUCGGAGGGGAGUCCCCAGUCAGCCAGCCCCAGAGUCCGGCUCAGAUCCUGAAGUCGGUAGAAAGGGAAGAACGCGGAGAACUGGAGCGGAUCAUUGCUGACUUGGAGGAAGAACAGAGAAACCUGCAGGUGGAGUAUGAGCAGCUGAAGGAGCAGCACCUGAGAAGGGGUCUCCCUGUCGGGUCCCCUCCAGACUCUGUCGUAUCUCCUCACCACACAUCUGAGGACUCGGAACUCAUAGCAGAAGCAAAGCUCCUCAGGCAGCACAAAGGUCGACUGGAGGCUCGGAUGCAGAUUUUAGAAGAUCACAAUAAGCAGCUGGAGUCUCAGCUCCACCGCCUGCGGCAGCUGCUGGAGCAGCCGGAAUCCGAUUCCCAAAUCAAUGGCGUCUCCUCCUGGGCCUCACCUCAGCAGUCUGCACUGACCUACUCGCUGGAUCCGGACCCUGACCCCCAGUUCCACCAAGCAGCCCCAGUGGCGGAGGACCUGCUGGCACCCCCUCACGACACCAGCACGGACCUCACGGAGUUCAUGGAGCAGAUCAACAGUACCUUCCCAUCUUGCUGCCCCAAUCUCCCCAGCAAACCACAGGCAAUGUGAAGUGUUCAUCUAGCCAAUCAACAUUUCCUGACUUACAGUGUUGCCCUUUUCAGCAAACGCCAAUUCCAAGUUCCAUUUAAUCAGAAGCUCCAUGGCUUCUUGAAAUAUGCUGUUGAGUGCUGACUGUGUGUUCUACUGAAGGAGUAAAACACUGACUAUCCAAAGAGAAAAGGAUAUUUUGUUUUUAUAAUAAUCAUAUAUUAUUGUUUAUUGUUUUCUUCUUCCCUUUCUAUGCAACUGUAAAUUAAUGAACAGAGUGGUAUUUGGAAAUGGUAUGACAUUUGUCACUGAUUUGUAUACUGUAUACAGCACUGGGAAAGUGGGUGGGGGCUUUCUAAUAUGAUACCUUCUUUUUAAUAACCAUGACACAAAUUGCAUAAGAAUUAGAAAACAAUGUUACAUUUUUACAUUCCUUCAUAUUAACCUUGUACAAUAACUCCAUCUAUUUCUUCCACUCUUUUGCCAUUAUGUUUCGGUUAUUUAUAAUUCACCAGCCACAUGACCACAGGGACUUUCUAUUUGUUUCCAUGAUUUCGCCAAAUUAAUAAGUUCAUAUAUUUCAAUUAAAUAUUUCUGUACUGAAUUAGGCUGCAUCUCUUACAUACCACUUACCUUUAUUUGACAUCAUAUGCUUAACUUCUUUAAUGACCACAUGGAUAAUGACAGUGUAAGUCCUGUGGGCCUAACUGGCAUUCCUCCUGGGAUGUGUUUCCAGCAUUUUAUUUCCCCACUCCAUGUACUAAGUAGGUCUUGAUUUCUUUAUUUAUUUCAUGUCCCAGUAUAUAUGGUAGAGGAGACUUAGAACAGGAUUGUAAUAGUCUCAAGGAUCAUUUUUACCAAAGGUUACCCAUUUAAGUAUAUUUUCAUUGGGACACAAAAAGAAAACCUGGGUUAACAUUUCCUUAGUUGCUGUGUCUUGAUUUUCAUCAUUAAAUCCACAGCACACCGUUACUCAAUCGUGCUCCCAGAACACAUCUUUGCCUUGAAUUCCCUUUGAAGAGGAUCUUAUUUUUGUUUAUGUAUACUCCAGCCAUAUGUAAUUCUCGAAACUCCCAGUUCUUUUCUUCCUGACAGCAGACACAAAUUCAAUGCAUGUUUCAUUUUACCUUUUGGGUGACUGAUUACAUCUUUUAUUACUUUUCAUUUGAUCAAUAUAUUUGGAAAGGAUGUUUAUCAAAAGCCUAUGUCACUGCUUUCAUAGAGGAAUGAAAUUAUGCUUGGAUGUGGUACCCCUACCUUUGAGUCAAUGCUGUUAGGUAUUUGGUUCAGCUUCUGAGUUAACAUUUAAUUGAUUUAGUUGAAACAUCUUCUGUUAAUUACCAAAUGUAGAGAAACCAAAAAAAAAAAAAAAGAAAGAAAAUCAUGUGUUUUGAUUUAAGCAUAUGUGCAUUUAAAACAUCAGGACAUUUAAACUUUGGGUUCUCUUGAACUGGGAUUUGGCCAGAAGGAGGCUUAAAGUUAGAAAUUGCUAUUCUUUUAGAAUAGGCUGGGUGGGUUGGGGGGCAAGGGUGUCUAUUUGCAGCAUAGAUAUUUUGAGAAGAAACUUGUUUUAUAUAAGAGGAAAGCCAUGACCACCUUUCUACCUCAGAUCCAUCUUCAUCCAUUGUGUGGAAAUAGCUUUAUGCCGCAGCAGUCUGCAAAACCUAGAGCUUUUAUCAGGCCACAUCAAACCCAAGAAAAGCACCUAUUUAAAGAAAAAAACUUUCCCUGAACUCUGAAUGACAAGUUGUAGAUUUGGUGUCUUCCUUGUUCUUACUUUGAAAAGUUAUGUAUUAAUUUUUUUCUGCUUGUAAUUGUGUGCCACAUGUCUCCUAUCUGCUAUUAAGGAAAAGCUACAUAAAACACUACAUUGUAACCUUCUAAGUAAUAAUAAAUAAAAAAAUAUAUCACAGUAACAACAAGGGGAAAUAAGUAUGUAGUUCUUUUGAAAUAUGUGGUAAAGAACUAAUCAUAGACUAUCAUCUAAUCUGGUUACAUGUUGUAUUUUUCAUCCUGAAUAAAAGCAAUUUUAACACAAGAUGACUUUGAUAUUCUUCAGCUGUGUUCAUUGAAAGAAUCUGAGCUUUGACUGUACAUUUAUGAAAAUAAAAUAUGAAAAGAGCCUGUA